AUGACCUCCGAGAGUCAGUACCAGGGCUCGCAAGCCUAUGCGGCGAAUGUCCUUUCAGAGGAGUCAGUUUCACCAAACUCUGGCAGCGUGGGCUUUUCUAAGACCCUCGUUGAUCUUCGUGGCAAAACAUCCUCCAUCGGAUUGCAGCUCAAGUUGUCCUAUACGCCAGGCGUAAAGGGCUCAUUUGGUGCACCAAAAAACUGGGGUCUCGAGAUCCCCUUCACCAUCCCCAGAAAGAGUCUCACAUCCCAAGGAAAAACAUUCAUAGUCGAUCCAAACUGGGCGGAUCAGGAUGGCUGGAAAUCUGGCUUGAAAUAUGUGAACAACCACGGAAUACCCGGUGACUAUGAAUGGCGUUUUAAAACAAUCGACGGAAGCACUGAAUAUUUUGAUCCCUAUGGCAAGCUCCUCGAGCACUCCGACCUCUACGGAAACUCUAUCUAUUUCUCCUACGUCGACGAUCUGGCAGGUCCAAUGACUGCCAAAGUCGACUAUAUCCUUGAUUCGUGGGAUCAAAAAAUAAGUUUCGAGUAUGAUCUGGAUGGCGCAAUGUAUUUACACGCACCCAAUGGCGGACAGACAAAGGUUGAGUUUGCAACCCAUGGGGUCGAGAGCAUAAAAGAUCCCAUGGGCUACAUAACUGAAUUCACAUAUAUUCCAUUGGCUGGCCAGACCUUAAUUGACACUAUAACGUUCCCGUCCGGGCUGCAGUCCAAAUUCGAUUAUAAUAUGCUCUCAGCACUGGACAGGGAUGGCAACCCCUUCAGUAUUCCGGCGUGUUCCUAUCAUACACAUCAAGAUAUCCAUGAAAAUAAACUCAUGGAGACGCAAUACGAAUAUGGUGUGGAUACCGGGUUUGCGAACUUCACGGGGGCCAGCAUUGGCUGCCGGAUGCAAUCGUCGCAUGAUUCCUUGAUGGAGUCCGAAAAUCAAGACUAUCGAUACGAUGUUACUAUCACACGCCUGGAUACCAAGGGAGAGGCUCGUCAGAUAUCACGUGUCUACUACAAUUACCUACACCUUCCUAUGCAAGAGGAUCAUUACCAUGUCAAUACCCAAGGGAAAGACACAUUUUCACAUCGUACGAUCAACAGUUACGACAUUCCCAUAGAUCACCAUGCUCGAUCAACUACCUAUAGUCAGCCGAUCCAGGUAGACCAACUGCACUACUCCGAAUCAGAUUUCAAGCUGCUCCGCAGAGCGGCUUCUACAUAUGAUGCAUUCGGCUUCCCGUUGACCAUGACUGAGUGGAUGUGGGACAAGCAAAAGAAUAACUUGGUGAUGCAAAAGAGCGUCACGAGCACGUAUAAGAUUACAGCUUGGGGCGGCGAGUUGCUUGAAACCGAGACAUAUACAGACCAUGUCACUUCCCGUGAGAAACGUAUCACAUAUCAACUCACAUUCGACGAACGGAAUAUCGCGAGCUCCGCAGUCACAUACAGAGACGAUGGCGGUGCCACAUGGAUGCCGUGGAAGACAAAAUCGUAUGUUUACGAUGAUAUCGGAAGAGUCAAAGAAGAGUCGGUUGCAUGGAGCGACGGAACAACUUUCCCUGCGGAAAGUAUCAAGCAGUACACCUACAAAAAGGCACACUCUUUCGAUCCCCAAACUAGUCUUUAUAAUGAGACAAUUACCGAUCCCUUAGGAAAUGCCGGCACAAUGAGCUAUGACAUGCGAAUCAAAGGAGGUCCGUUGGUGAUCAAGCUAUCACCUCUGGGAUCGCAUGAGACGAUGAAAUACGACCUCUUAGGCAGAAUUGUCGAGACUACAGAUGCACUCGGCGCAACAAUAAAAACGUCCUAUUUCAUUGGUCUAGGUCAAAAUUUCGCACAGAAUGUUACUUCGACGGGGUACAUUACUUGCACGGACUAUGAUGUCUUAGGUAGAAAAACUGCGAUCAGGGACAGUGGUAAUCGGGCUGGCACAAAAGCGGACAGGAUUCUAUCCCGGUCUGAAUAUGAUGCGCUUUCGAGACUUGUCAAAUCAACUAAUGAGCUCGGCUUAGUGAUCACGACGGAAUACGAUGAUCUUAAUCGAGUCACCAAAUCUAUUGACGUAUAUGGCAAUUCCACCACCUAUGAAUAUAACGAUUCGGAGCUUACAGCUGAACUCAAAGUGAAUGGCGACCUUCGCAGCAAUACAUUCACGGAUGCUCUCGGUAGACAGAUCAAGAGUAUCACAUACAGUGAUUCCGCAGCUGAAGGUAGUUCCUACAAACUCGUAGCGGAGCAAUCAUACGAUGCUUUUGGUAACGUCACUAGCAGCAGGAAGCUUCAGCAAUCCCUUGACGACUCUCAGUCGAUUCUAUUAGCGCAGGUAGACUUUGUUCAUGAUGUCGAAGGCAAUUCCCACAAGGUCGCAUCCAGCGUAAUUUCAAGCGGUCUAUCAGGCAACCCUGAUAAAGUCCUUCGAGAGUACACAAUUGACAUCUUUGGCAACUCGGUGACAUAUAAGAAAACGGUGUCCUACGCAGAUGGGCGCCAGUUUGUCUGCGAUGGCCCGUUGAGCAUAUUUGAUGCAUGCAAUCGAAUGGUAAAGCUUCGAAACCAACUCGGCCAAAUAGAAAAUAACGAAUUCGACGCUGAGGGACAUGUAAUUGCUAUGACACGUUACGAUGGGACGAAGCACACAUACGCAUACGACAAACUUAGCCACAUGAUCAUGUCAACCUCUCCUGAAGGGUCGAGAGUCUAUGAGUAUCUGCCAAAUGGCAGGCUAGCCAGUGUCGCGAAAAAUGAAGAAAAGGUUAAACACACGUACGCCUCUGACGGCUGCAUAAUGUCAACCGAGUACCCGAACGGCCGGAAGCAGAUCUAUGUCAUUGAUGAAACCUCUAGAGUGAUCCAAGAAACAGACGUCGCCGGAUGUACGACCGAAAACUCUUUUGAUGCUUAUGGCCGGCUUAUGUCAAAAAAAAUGGGAGGUAGCAAGAUCGUCUAUCACUUCGGCACAGUCAAUCACGUUGAAGGCCGGUUGCUGGCUCAUGAGCUCAGUUCGAAACAGAAUCCCCAGGCUUUUAAUAUCAACCAGAAAGAGCAAUUUCAGUACGACGGUUUCGGCCAACUCGUUUCACACUCUACACAGUACGAACGAGAUCUUGCGCCGCCUCAGACAAAACUCUUUAGAUACGAUGGUAAUUUCAACAUUAUACAGAAAAUCAUCAAUGGUGUGCCAGAAUCCUUUACCUACAAUGCCUUAGACCAACGGCAAGACCCUGGUUUUGCUUACGACGGAAAUGGUAGGUUAAUUCAGGGAGCUGCUGGUCGACUUUAUAAGUACGAUUCAGAAGACAAACUGAUUUCAGUCACACAUUCAACGACUACAACCUAUUCAUACAAUCCAGACGAGUCACUUGCCACAAUAUCGAAAGCAGCAGAAACCAGUGCCUUCUACUACAGUGGUGGAGCCGUGAGCUCCUCUCAAGGUGUAACUAAAGAUCACUCAACCUGGACCUCGUAUCUACUAGAGCCGAAAGGUCGAGUGGCGGCUGAAGUAGAGGGCAAGGGAACUUCAUAUUUCCUCGAAAGUCGGAACUCAGUCAAGAUGACUCUCAACAGCAGCGGCUCGUCUACGCAUCACUACGAAGCAUACGGCGAGGAGCCUUCUCUCGAUGAAAAAUCCCGCUUCGGCUGGCAACAGGAGCUUGGUGAUGAUAGCACUGGGUUGACUUACCUUCGUUCGAGAUUCUAUCAGUCGAGCAACAUGGCAUUCAUCACAAUGGAUGGUUCUCGCAAACAAGAGAACCGGUAUGCUUAUUGCAAUGGAGAUCCCAUUAAUGCUAUAGAUAGUACGGGGCACAGUGCGGCUACUGUAGGAGCGGUUGCUGGUAUGGUUGUCGGCGCCGUUGUAACGAUUGCAUCUGGCGGAACAUUAAGCUGGCUUGGGUUCAGCUUCACUGGCCUUUCUUUAACAGCUAUAAGCAUCGGUGCAGGAACGAUAUCUGGUGCUCUGGGAACUCUAGCCGGUGAUGCCACAGCUGCUGCUAUCUCAGGAGAGUCGUUCACGACUGCUCGUGCUGGCGAAGACCUGCUGGUUGGUGCAAUCGGAGGGGCAGUUGGGGCAGGAGUAGGUGGGGCAGUGAGUAGUUCAGCGAUGCGAAUGGCCAUGUCAGCAAAAUGGUCUGUACAGGCCAUCUCCAGGCUAGGAACGGCCAUUUCUACUGUCCUCGGUGGAGGUAGUGGAAGUUUUGCAUCCGCUGCAACCUUCGCAGGGAUACACCAUCAACCACUAUUCUCUUUGAACACAGCAUAUGCCGCCAUCACUGGCAUGCUCGCGGGAGCCGGCGGGGCAUUCAUACACGGCGGAACAUGCCUUGCAUACGGCGACAUAGAUACCCUUCCGAUAGAGCUUACUGCAGCGGAUAUAGCCCUUGGAGGGGAAGAAAACACCAUUGUCCGUGGCCGGGUUCCCUCAAAAGAGUUUGGGGAUCACAAAGUUUAUAACAUGACCCAUCCUAUAGAGAAUACCAAACAGUUCUGUACUUAUGACACAAGUAGAAUCCUUUAUACCAGUCAAAGUGGCCGACCACACCGAACCAUCAUCGCCCAUGGUGACGCCGGCCGCCUGUAUGCGACCGUCAAAUAUGGUAACAACAUUGUUUACCGACCAAUAAAACCCACUUUAUUGGCAGAACAAGCACGUAACUUUUUUAACCAAGCUCCUCUAGAUCCUGGCUGGUCAAACGAUAUCAAGCUUCUUUCGUGUAGAGGAGGGUGGUCGAAUGCUAAGAAGAUUGCAGAUUAUUUGGGAGAGAAUGUCUGGGCUAGUUAUAUUAAGGUAUCAACCACUGAAGAAUUUCUAGUAGCGGAUUGGAAGUUGUACAGGGCGCCUUACCUUUAA